CAGAGACUGUCCAGGAAGCUGUGAAUAGCAUGCUCCCUUACUACACAGGAGGAGGGGAGGAGGGUGAAUCCUUCCAGGGUGGGUGUGUGUGGCUUGUCCCCUCUGCCUGCCACUCCUAUCACCCCCCUCCCACAAGCUCGUACACAAAACACACAAUAGACCAACACAAAGAGGACACAAGGUUGAAUGCUCCUCCUCUCCUGUAUAGGAUGAAGAUUUGCAAGUCUGUAUCCUUAAUAAUGGUCCAGUAAACUCCAUAGGCCUUUUUCUUUACAGAAGAAAAUAUGCAGAAAAUGCUGGGCUGAGAAGCUGACAUUUUCUUAAGGAUUUCACCUUAAAAUAAGGAUUACGCUGCAUCAACGCCGGCUGUGUAUGGGAUAAUAUCCAUCCAGAAUGGGUAAAUGUAGUGGAAGAUGUACCUUGGUUGGAAUCUGUUGCCUACAGCUGGCAGCCGCUCUGCAGAGACAGAUCUUCGACUUCCUGGGCUACCAGUGGGCUCCAAUACUAGCCAAUUUCAUGCACAUUAUGGCAGUGAUCUUAGGGAUAUUUGGAACCCUACAUUACAGAUCCAGGUAUCUCAUCAUGUAUUCCGUGUGGCUGGCAUUAUGGGUUGCCUGGAAUGCCUUUAUUAUCUGUUUCUACCUUGAAGUAGGACAUUUGUCUCAGCACAGGGACCUGAUCAUGAACUUUAACACCUCCCUGCACCGAUCGUGGUGGAUGGAGAAUGGGCCAGGAUGCCUGGUGACCCCGGUUCGCGGCCCCCCUUUGUCACUAGCAGAUCACCACAUGGUAACAGUGACUGGGUGUCUCCUAGACUAUCCAUAUAUAGAGGCCCUAAGCAGCGCCCUGCAGAUCUUUCUGGCGCUAUUCGGUUUUGUAUAUGCCUGUUAUGUCAGUAAAGUUUUCAUGGAUGAGGAAGACAGCUUUGAUUUCAUUGGCUCCUAUGAUUCUUAUGGAUAUCAGGCUCCUAUGAAGACUUCACACCUCCAACUUCAGCCUUUGUACAAGCCUGGUUAGAGCUCUCUGCUGAUCCUGCAUCCACGGUGGACCCCCCUGCAGUCAUCACAAUCCCCACUUUGUUCUAUCCCUAACCUUCUGUGCAAAGUCUUGUCUUUACACACGUCUUUUAUCCUGAUCACUGGUUGAAAUGCCUUAACAUAAACAGCAACAAUGCUGAUGUCCACAGAUGUUUUAGCGAUAAUGUUAAGAUGGUAGAUUUAACAUUUAUUCACAGUGCAGACUGUAGGGUGGCCGAUUAAAAAAAAAAAGCAACACUACUUACUGGUAACUUGCUAUAUUUUCUGAAACGCAAUUAUGGGAUUACUGAAGGUUAAAAAUUGCUCACUCCUGUAGCUCGGUUGAAACUAGUUUGGGAAAUAGCACUUUAGAUUUUGAAUGAAGACCACGCUUAAUGUGGAACAGAUCACAAUGGGGUAUCAGUGGUGGUGGAAUGAAAGUAGGAGGGUAAGGUUUCAAUUAUUGAGUACUUAAACCAUUUUUAUUUACCUUAAAGUAGAUACACAUUGUAACUAGAAGGGCCUCAUGGGAUGUGUGCACUAAAACGUGUAGUUAAGAUUAAAUAAUUUGUAUUAAACAUUGCCAUCAAAAGAAAGGCCUGAUCAGAUUAUCGUAAAUAGAAUUUAGAGAAUGACUCCAUAUAUUAAGAUAUUCCAUUCCACUAAUACAUAUGGUAGGUUUCUUACCUCAUACAUUUUUGACCUAAGGUUCCAAAACCUGAUUUUACAUAAGGAAAUGCUCUGCAUAUGUCAGAGGUUAUCCAUACCUUCCAACAGUCCCAGAUCCAGAUUUGAGGAUCCAUUCCAGCUGUUCCAGGGAACUUCAGAGACAAGGCACAGUGCUUGCAUUGUGCAAACUGUACUCAGCACUGUUCAACAGUACUCUGCUCAUAGACUACCCUGACUACCCGGACUGUCCAGUGCGACUUCUGAUCAUCCUGGUGUGCAUGUUCUCCAGGCAACCAUGCCCACUUUUUGGACAGGACCUCUCACACACCAAUGAAUGGAAUUCAUAAGGAGUACUCAUGGGAAAAGUUCCAAUAGUGGAGCAUUAAUAAUGGAAGAAAUAGUAUAGUAUCCCUACUAGUUGUUCUACUAUAGCAACUUUACCCAGGUACUGCCUUUUUAUAAGUAACCCCUGCAAUAAUUCCACUUCGUCCUGUAAAUUGCAUUGCAUGUAAAUAAAAGAAUGAACACCCAAUUACUAAUCUCAGGUGGAAUGUGCACGUGAUGUAUAAUAUACAAACAUUUUUUACUACUUUUUAGUUUCCUCCAAGCAAUAAAAAUAGAUUAUAGAUUUCUAAUGCUACUGAUAAAACCAACUUUUCUUUAAUAUUCCCCUUUCCAUUUAAAUCACUGCCACCACCACUGAUGUGGGUAACCUUGUGAAAAAUAUGUGAUUUGUGAAUAUGGAGCUUAAAACUAUUUUUUAAUUGUAACAUAUACUGUUGUUACUAAUAUUAGUUUUAAGCUGCUAUAGCAUUCGUUGUUUCCUCCCCAAAUGUGAAGCAAAAUUGUAAAGUGUAAAACACCGUAAGUGGAGCACUUAUUUUGCCCUAAAAAUGCUUGUAGGAUAUAAACAAUUACCCUUUAUUGCAUCUGAUACUUUUUUCCUUCAAUAUUAUUUGUAAAUGGAAACAUUUAGUUUUAAAUGCCAUUACAUUGACAGUGAAAUGGUGAAAUGUUGAUGCAUUACAUCACAAUGACCAGGCUAGGCUCUGGUUGGUGAGUUAGAUAAAGUUAGAAGGACUAAACUUUUGGAGAUGUUCUGAUCGAAAAAACAAAAAGGGUGGUAAAGAGGGAAAAGUGUUCUACAUAAGUAACAUUGCUGUGUGAUAGUUCUAUUUAUGGACUCACAUUAUGCAGAGCCACUAGCCCUGACUCAAUCUAUGUAAUAAUGGUGUGGCGCUGGCAUAUGUUGAGUUAAUACCUUUGUCUUCUCAUUUAUUGAUUUUGAUCUAAAAGUACAAAAGGAAAAACACAUGUAGCUUAUCACUGUUCACAGUACAACCAAUAUUGUAUAAACUCACGUGAUGUGGAGGCUGUAACCAGUGUAAAACCUUACUGUGUGUAUAGAUGAUACUUUCCCUCGGUGAGGUGAGAUGUUACAAAUGGUUGCAUUAUAAACUUGAAACCUUUUCUGUGCAAGCAAGAUUUCAGAUUGCUUAUUAUAAGAAUAUCACAAUCAUUUAUUAGGUGAAAAGAAGAGCUCCACUCUGUCUGUUUAACAUAAUACAAAGUGUCAUAUUUGUCCAAUUCAUUGUGGGCUUUGCUGUCAUAUACCUUGCAUAUUAUGCUAUUUGUAUGUGAUAAGGAACCAUAGAUGGCAUUGGGAAGUAUUUAAGAUUUUUACACUUGGUAGGCAGGGAUAGGGCUUUAUUAAACAGCAUGGGAGUUUAUUUAUUAAGCAAUGAUUUGUGAUAAGAAAACAAGCAAUUAAUAAAACAUAAGCCAAAAUAGCUGAGUUCAACAGAGUACAACUUGCCUAACUGGGCUAUUGUUCUAACUCUGCUGUAUAGUAUUAUGUGUUAUUAUCCAGCUGUCAUCUCACCACAACUCAGUGUCCAAUAAAUAGAAACCAAAGUCUGUGCAUUACGUGUGCCUGCACUCACUUCAUUUCAUUUAGGGGCAACUGUGAAAUCCCUUACAUGGGGAGUUCUGAAGGUGCAGUCCCCAGGAAUACAUCUAUCUAAUUCUGUAAAAAUCGCAUUAUAUAUAUUUCUUUUGAGCAAUUGGGAAAGAUUUAAAUGGAAAUUGCUUCCAUGAUAGUAUUAUCACUUGCAGUGGCAUGUGUGUACUAGAUUGUAUGCCAUUGGUCAGACUUUUAGACAUUCCAUCCAAAAGACAUUCCAUCAGGAUGAGAGUUUACAAUCUGGAGGGCUUUCAGUGGUGGGUAGCUUUCCCCAUCUCAUCUCCUGAACUCACUAUAUCCAGUCAAAUAUUACAUCUACAGCCCACUGCUUAAAAUCCAGCCCCAGCAACACAUAACAACCCCCAUCUACCCUCCAGCCUUUAUAUAUCCAGCACUCAUUUCUUGCUCCCAAUUCAUUUUUUUUCCUAACCUGACAAUUCUAUGUGUACCCUGACGCAAUCACCAGCAGGCCCUCCCCCAUUUCAUCAUUGGUGAUCUUUUCCCCAUCUUUUCAACAGUGUUCCUCCACUAUAUCUCAACCAUGUCUUUAGUUCCUUUGUCUAUGGAUGCAUCUACUCAUUUUAUCUUCCUUUUGUUUAUCUUGUUGGUAUAGACGAUAUAUGAAAUUUUGGAAGACUGUGUGAUAGAUGUAAAAUUUUACAUCUCAUAGUAUACAGUGAAGAACAAUGAUGCACUGAAGUGGGGGGGAUUUACAAUGGCUAUUUUAAGAAUAUUCAUUGUUUUUAUAUCUAUACGUUUUCCCCGAAUGAUGCUAAUAGAUUAUGUGGAUCAGAAGGUUUACUACUUAGCCUUAAUGAUGCUUGCAGUUUUACAUAUGACCACUUAGUGCCGAUGUUUCACCAAUGUUUAAGGAUACUUCAGGAAAAAAAAUUCAGUUUUAAUGUAAACAUAAGCACUGUUUCUAUGGAAUUUUGCAUCAGAGCAAUAGAACAUAUUCAUUUUACAAAAUCAGUGUGUUCAUUUUGAACCAUUUUAUAUUUUAUUGGGUAUGACAUUUUGCAGUGGUACACAGAGGAGGCUGGUACUGAGCGUGCUCUACCUGUGUAUGCAUGUCAUGAUGUAGCAGUAUGUGUGCAGGGGAAGCUGAUUCUGCCUGUAACGUGUGUGCAUAUAAUGUCAAUCGGGGGAAAGUCAAAAGUGCUGUCGAACACAGCAAAAGCAUUUUUAAUAUUGUCCAGAAUGUGGAUAAUUAAACUUUAGUUAGGUCAAAAUGUCCUUAGCCUCGCUGAGUCUCAAUUGCUAAAAUACACUCGCCCUUAGGAUAGAGAACUACCUUAGACUGCUUUUGGAUUUUGAUCUCUUAAAAACCAAGGAGUCUUAACCUACGUGCAACUUCUAGAGGAAGGAUGGUUAGGAGCUACUACUCCAUACCCAGCAAUAUUCUGUCCAGUAAAGAGCCACCUGAUUUAUUGUGUAAUUGAUUCCAGUACUGUCAAUCUUAACAGCAUCCACAUCAAAGUAACUUUACGUCUGAAUUUGAAAUGGUCAUAUUUCAAAUGAUGUGCUUUUGAAAUAUAUUAUGUGACUUUUAAACUUUUGUAUGGAGAAAUUAAGCUAAUUGUGUUAUUGGGUUUACUGAAUAUGUUAAUUACAAAAAUUAAAAAAAAGCUAAAUAAAGUUUGUAAAUGUGACAGAACAUCCUUCCUGGUUUACGAAGCCAGCUACUAUGAAAGUUAAGAUUCCUUGGUUCUAUGAAAGAAGGAUCAGUUUUUCUACUGGGUCACCUGGCCUUUUCCAACGUCAGUGCCAUAGAUUAGGGGCAAUAUCUACAAGAUUAAAAUAACACGAAUGAAUGAUUGAGUUGCUUUAUAAAAUAUGUGUAGGGGAUCAUACUAUGUGUGCCAUGGGGAAGUUGGCAUUUCCUGCACUGUACCUUUAUAUAUAUGUCAUAGUAUAGCAGUGUGUGGUGCGAUAGGUUGGCACUGCAGCUUACCCAUAGAGAUGUAUACAUGCCAGUAUGCAUGUGUGUGAGGAUUUUCAUUAUUUCUGCCACACUGUACGUAUGUAUAUAGUGUAGAAAUAUGUUUGUCUGAGAAUGUUGCCAUUGUCACUGUCUGCACUAAAUUUGUAUGCAUGCUACGGUUUUGAUUUAUAAUAGAGGCACUGUCUGAGCUAUAUAGCUAUGCCAUAAUGUGAUUUCACAGGUGAAAGGUUCUCUACAUGUUACUGUGAAGCAUUGAGGGGAAGCCUAACAGUGCCUCCGAUCUAUGUACUUGACCGGAUACAGCAGGGUAUGAAGAUAAGGUUGAUGUUUGACGACAUCAGUCAUAACCACUUACCUGUUCCCCUGGAAGUUAAGGCAAACUCUCUGUGUUCUGGUUUAAAGUGUGUAAGGGUUUGU